AUGUCUGCGUUGGCGGGUCGAGGAAGCCUGCAACAUCAUUCCCGACGCGUCGCCGCCAGUGCGUGUCACCCUCGCCGUGGCAAUGGCCUUUCACUCACCACUGUGAGGCCUGCCAUCCUCGCCGCCGCCAGACUCCUCACGCUACCGCUCGCCGCUGCUGCACCCGCCAUCCCCGGUUACUGGGAGCAUGCCCGCCUACACACCGUCGCCGAGGGUGAUGAGGACCUCCCGAGAUCCCCAGACGACCCCGACCUGUGGAUCUACCUCGCAGUCGCCGUUGCCCUCGUCCUACUCGGCGGUAUCUUUGCUGGCCUGACCAUUGCUUUGAUGGGUCAGGAUGAGACGUAUCUACAGGUCAUUGCGUCUUCUGGAGAAGGGAAAGAGAAGCAACAUGCGAAGACGGUCUUGAAACUGUUGAAAAAGGGAAAACACUGGGUGUUGGUGACGUUGCUCUUGAGCAAUGUGAUUACGAACGAGACGCUGCCCAUCGUGCUGGAUCGGAGUCUUGGUGGAGGAUGGCCUGCUGUUGUCAGUAGUACCGUCUUGAUUGGUGAGUGAAUCAGAGACAGUCUCAAUGAAUCGAGCGGAACCGGGUACUGAUUUAUGGGCAGUCAUCUUCGGCGAAGUGGCUCCGCAGUCCGUCUGCGUCCGAUUUGGUCUAUCGAUUGGCUCCUGGUGCGCGAAGGGCGUCUGGGUACUCAUGUUACUCCUCUCACCUGUAGCGUGGCCCACCGCGAAACUCCUCGAUUGGCUUCUUGGCGAAGACCAUGGCAUCAUGUACAAGAAAGCUGGGCUCAAGACGCUGGUCACGCUACACAAGACUUUGGGCGCAGGCGCUCACGAACGCCUGAUGGAAGAUGAGGUCACCAUAAUCAACAGUGUUCUGGACCUGAAAGAGAAACCGGUGGGCGACAUCAUGACGCCAAUGCAGGACGUUUUUACCAUGAGCGCGGAUACGAUUCUGGACGAGCGCAUGAUGGAUACGAUAUUGUCUCAAGGCUAUUCCCGCAUUCCGAUCUAUUCCCCGGAUAACCAUCGCAACUUUAUAGGCAUGUUGCUGGUCAAGAUUCUUAUCACGUACGACCCGGAGGACGGCAAGCGUGUGAGAGACUUUGCGCUGGCAACGCUGCCCGAAACUUCCCCGUACACAUCUUGUCUGGACAUUAUCAACUUCUUCCAGGAGGGCAAGAGCCACAUGGUACUAGUGUCAGAUUUCCCAGGAGAGGAUAAGGGCGCCUUGGGUGUUGUGACGCUCGAAGAUGUCAUCGAGGAGCUGAUCGGCGAGGAGAUCAUCGACGAGUCCGAUGUAUUCGUCGAUGUCCACAAGGCUAUCAGGCGAGUGGCCCCAGCUCCCAGGACGCGGUACAGCAGUAAGAUCUUUGCGUCGGACUACGUGGUUGACUCCGAAGACGAACGCAAAGAAGCGACCGAGAACGAGCCUUUGCUUGGCAAUAAGAAGGGCGCUGAUGCGGCCGGUGCUCCUCGUAAGACGAGCCUUCAAAAUGGCCAGACGACCUUCCUCAUGCGUAGAAAGAGCAGUACCGCUUCCGAUGGUGCCAGGGAUCACGGACCAAACGUCAAGCCUGUGCCCGUGAGGAGCAGCGCGACGGACAUGCGCGAGCAUCUCAAGCAUCUCGGGCCCAGCAAUGCCGCAUCCAACCCAAGACAGACCAAGUUUUCAAAUGUCAAGAUCAAGCCGGGCGUUGGCACCAUUCCGGAACAUUCGGCACUGAGCACAAGACCCAAGGAUAAUUCGCCGACGUCAGUACCAUUGGGGCACAAGAAGAGCAAUUCUACACCUUCUGCUACGCUUGUCCAGGAAGACGACGGGAAUGCGAGCGACGUGGACUCUCUUCGAGGCAAAGUUGCGAGUGGCGGAGUAGCAGCUGUGUACGGAACGAUGGGACCUUCUUCCCCAAACCGCAAUAGGAGGCUAUCUGGAGGCGAGAGAUUGUCUGCCCAGGAGGCCUCUCGAGUUGCGAGUGAAAAUGUCGCCCCUCCGAACAGCUAUCGGACCGAUGAGCCGGAAUCUUAUUCCCAGGCCCAAGACGAACCAUCCCUGCCGGAUAAGAUGGUCGCAGGGGAUGCUGAGAACGAAAACGACGAUGUGGGAGAGCUAGCGCCGCCUGCUUCACCAGACUGGGGCAGGAAGCGCAUGGCUGUCCGUUCAGGAUCGAUCACGGAGACGCAUGUGGAUUCCGGAGGGUUGAAGAAGGUUGUCCUCGGAACGACUUCUUCGUCUGAGGAAGAUGGUGUGAGCCCUGGAGAUACACAACGAUCAUCUCGACUUUGGGGCAGUGGGGAGAGUUCAAAGAACGAGGGAGAUGACGAGGAAGGCGACGAGGAAGAGCACGAGGAGAGCUCACAGCCAAACGGCCAGGGCUCUGCCAAUGGGGCUGGUGGGAAGAAGAGGAGGAAAAAGAGGGGCAAGAGGAAGAAGGGAGGUAGUGGUGGAGGGAACGGUGGGGAGUAG